AUGGAUGCGAUUGAAGAGUCGGCAUCAUCCAGGUAAGAGCGACGGAAGAAUUCAAGUGUCCAUGUGAUGCUAAUUUCAGAAAAUCGUCUGGUGAAAACGUUGUAGAGCUUUGUAUAGAAGUGGAAGAAGAAAUGCAGCCAAAGUCGAGUGCCAAACCGAGAAGGAACCGUCGUUCGAAAGUCUACAAAACCCUCCCUCAGAAUCAGUGCCCUUCAAUCUGCCGUAUCUGCCGCAAUCCUGCAAUUGGUUACCAUUACGAGGUACUUUUCCUUCUUGUGGCUCGAAUUGUCCACUAGACUCUAGGUUCCCUCGUGCAACGGCUGCAAGACCUUCUUCCGUCGGACCAUCAUCACUGGCCGCAAGUUCAAGUGCUUCAAAGUGAGCAACUGUCUCGACGGGAACGAAGUCAUCGGUAAGUCAUGUUUGCUCUUCUUUUGAUUUGAUAUUUUUAAUUCUUUAGACACAUCGAAGCGAGUUUGCCGGGCAUGUCGCUUCGAGAAGUGUGUGCAGGCUGGCAUGAAUCCGAUGGCGAUCCAGGCCGAAAUGAAGUCCGAGGAAGGGGAAGAGCUGCGGAAGAAGAUUGCGAAGAAACGGGAGAAUGGGGAACAAUUCGAUAGUGGAAGUGUUUUCUUCAACUUUGAGGAUAGAAUGAGCCAAGUGAUUAGCAAGUUGGCAUUGGUGGAAUCGAAAUUGGAAGGAGUUCACAACAAGGGAAUGCCGAUGGGAUUCAAGGACUCGCGUGAUCUGGCGACGGUUCUAUCUUCAAAAGUGAUUUAUGAUAACAUGGAGAUCCCUGGAAUGAGUUACACUCUUGUCAAGCUAUCCAAGAACACGGGAUUGUGAGCUACCGUACUCUUGAGACUUUUAAAUCUUUCCCUAUUCCAGACCGAAAAGACGCUCUCGAAACUUCGUGCAUUCUAGCUAUUUGGCUUCUAUCGAAUACUCGAAAACGUUCGACUUUGCCAGUUCCAUCGACAUUGAAAGUAAGGUGAGUGCGUGACGGUCAAAUCGAGAGAAUCUUUCUGUACCCGGCCGCGAGAUCUAGAUGCACCCCUGAAAGAUUGUACGGAACAGAUUCCCACAUUAGAUGAGAUCAGUCAGAGAUUGAAAGAUGUAUAGUGAAAAACGAAGAACAUAUUUAGGUACUUCUCAUGAAACAUGCCACGUUGAUGUGUGUCAAUCUGACCAAUGCGUUCACUACUUUUUCGAAAUUGAAAGCAGAUAAGCUACUAUACCCGGACGGGAGCAUCUAUGGACCUCCGAAAAGGAAACAAGGACCGCUCAUAGAGAAGCAGAGGGCAUUCCUGCAGAAUACAUUGGUGACGUUUAUAAUGAACAAUGUGGAUCGGACAGAGUACAUGCUACUCAAAGCGAUAAUUCUAUGCAAUCCAGGUCCAUCCCCUUUGAAUAGCUCUCAAAAACUGAAUUCUUUGUAGCUGUCACAGGAUUGCCGGCAGAAGACGUAAAGCAUUUGCAACGGGAACGAGAAGUCUAUGCGCAAUGCCUCUUCCGAUAUUGUCUCCUUCAACAUGGCAUCUUGAAUGGUCCCGCCCGUUUUUCGGCUCUUCUAUCCCUUUGCAGCGUGAUUGAAAAUCAGCAAAAGGAACAAAAAGACUUGUAUUUGUACAUUAAAGCGAUUCAUUCGCAGAAGCACAAGGAUCCAGCCGAGCUGAGCAAAAAGUGUAUCAGUGUUCUGUACGAUCAAGUGAUGGAAUAA